AUGAAGCUUCUCAUUAUUGCAAUUACAGCAUUAGGCGCAAUGCUCUUCCCUAUUAGAGCGUAUGACGCUCAUCGCGUUGGAGAUCUCCCUGGUCUCAAGCAAAAGGACGUUCCGUUCAAGCACUAUGCUGGACAGCUACAUCUUCCUACGAAUACCUCGGAAAAGAUAUUUUACUGGUACGUCGAGUCUCGUCAGGUAUCUAAGAGUGACCCUUUUGUGCUCUGGUUAAAUGGAGGUCCCGGCUGUGCAUCGACGAAUGGUUUUUUCACGGAAAACGGACCGUUUGUAGCCAAGCGUGAUGGAACUGUUGGCCUGAAUCCAUACGCUUGGAAUGCCCGUGCCAAUAUGGUCUGGGUGGAUUCACCCUCUGGAGUUGGUUUCAGCCAACCGUUGCAAGCACCGAGUGGUUAUUACAAUGAUGAUGUUGUGGCAGAGCGGCUUUGGCUAUUUUUACAUGAGUUUCUGACCAAGUACCCAGAGCUCAAGAGCCGUGAUUUUUAUAUCACGGGUGAGAGUUAUGCUGGUAUGUACGUUCCUUUCUUGGUGGAACAAUUGGUAGAUCAUCCCGUGAAUGGGUUGAAUUUGAAGGGGUUUGCCAUUGGUAACCCGCUUACGGACAUGGCAAUUGAUGGUAAUGCGUACAUGGACUAUUACUAUUGGCACGGGCUGAUCUCGCAUAGAGACUACCUCACUCUUCUUGACUACUGUGACCAUAAUGUAGCACAAUGCAUGUACACGCAUGUUAACUGCACCUCACAUUGUGAGGAGGCUGUAGUGAAAGCUUUCGAGGCUGCCGACGCGGGCAAGUUUGACCGCUACUACAUUUAUGGCGACGUCUGUCAAAUGAAAAACAACCAGCGGUCCGUGCUACAGUCGCACCUGCUUGGCAACGUUGAUCUGAACAUUCAGACGCACCGCGGAGUUGUCGGUCCGUGUGCUAAUGACUUUACCAAAUCUCUUCUGAACAAGCUGGAGGUGCAACAGGCAAUACAUCUUGAGGGCGAGUUGCCGAUCACGUGGGUGGAUUGUCAUCCUUAUGUCUCGCAGUACUACGUCCGCACGUUCUCUUCACUGGACAAGUAUCGCAAGCUACUCGGCAAUGGAUUGAAGGUUCUUAUCUAUAGCGGUGAUGCCGAUUCUAUUGUGAACUUUAUGGGUACGCAGCGAUGGAUCACGGAAGAUAACGGACUUGGAUUGAAGCCUACGUCGCCAUGGCGAGCAUGGAUGGGCCCGGACAACCAGAUCGCUGGCUACCACCAGCGAUUUGAGCUUGGCCUAACUUUCAAGACUGUCAAGGGUGCUGGUCACAUGGUGCCUGCUGUGCGCCCGCUUCACGGCCUUCACCUCUUUGAUUGCUUUCUCUUUGGUGACGACAACUGUAGCGUCAUUACUUAUCCAACUGACCCGUUUGAGCGUGAGGCGGCAGGAAAUGUGUUGGACACGAACACACCUAACUCGUCUGAGGACGAUGCGCACCACGAUGUGAUCCUCGCCAAGCAGGCCAAAGCAGCAGUCUCGCAGGUAAGCGCACCAAAUGAUACCGCGUCAAGUGCUAUUGUGGCACUCUUCGUCGGCUGCACCGUCCUCUUUCUGGCGGCUGCAAUCUACACGCGCCGUCGCCAUCGCCGGAACGGACAACACCGUCAACAGUACCAGCCUAUUUAG